UCCAAUAUUUUGAAAGGAGCAAGAGCAUGUUCACAGUUUCCGGAAACCUCGUAGAAUGCGUCUCUCGUUCGGGGUCAUCGAAUCCUGCCCAGCAGUGAUCGGUCGACGCGACACAUUCCAUUGUCCCCGAGCUCUGAGCACCGGACCGAAAGCAGCAUCGCCGGAUUUAAGGAACUCCGUUUCGAUUCACCGGCGGUCUAUCUACGUCGGGAGCAAAGGCGCGCGCCCCAGGGAGAGACAGAGGCGGGGGGAGAUGGGAAGGUCGGAGGUGGUGGAGGCGGAGGCGGAGAAGCUGAUGGAGGGGCACAUGAAAGGGAACGACUCGUCCCACGAAGCUUGGCACGUGUUCAGGGUCAGAGACCUGGCCCUCUCCCUCGCCCGCGAGGAGGGCCUCGCUUCCCGCCCUGACUCCAUGGAAAUUGUCCAGCUUGCUGCACUUCUUCAUGAUAUACGUGACUACAAGUAUCUAAGGGAUCCAUCUGAGGAAAAGAUUGUUGAAAAUUUCCUUGAGGAACAGGGAGUGGAGAAAAGCAAGAAGAUCAAGAUCUUAAGGAUAGUAAGGGGAAUGGGUUUCAAAAAUGAGAUUAAGGGGCUUGCAGAAAAUGAAGUAUUUCCAGAAUUUGGGGUCGUGCAGGAUGCUGAUCGUCUUGAUGCCAUUGGGGCCAUAGGAAUAGCUCGUUGCUUCACUUUCGGGGGAAGCAGAAACAGAGUUCUCCACGAUCCUGCCAUCCAGCCACGAUCAGCUCUUUCCCAGGAACGCUACAUGAAGAAAGAGGAGCAGACUACCUUGAAUCAUUUUUAUGAGAAACUUCUGAAGCUGAAAGAUUUGAUGAAAACAAAGGCUGGACAAAGGAGAGCCGAGAAGCGGCACAAGUUUAUGCUCGAGUAUCUAGAAGAGUUCUACGAAGAGUGGGAUGGGCGAGCCUAGAUUAGGUGAUACUGAAGAGGUAUUAUCACCACCACCAUUUCCAAUGGUUAAGCCC